AGUACGGAAGUAGCAGUAGGAGGAAUCGCCCACCAUGUUGCUUUUGAUCAUUUGAUAUUGUUUAAGCAGGGUGAGAAACCACAUCUACUUGAAACACAACGGCGAAAAAGUAGACAUAGUCUCAACUAGUAGAUCUCUGUUGUGUAGUAGAAACAUUUUUCUAGCUACCACGUUCACCGAUUGGUACAAGAGCAACUGACGCGAACAUUCAGGUCUAUAAAUACAACGCGACGAGAAUUUUUGUUUUUCUUCGUACAUACUUUUCGCCACAGACGACAAAAUGCUUUCCAAAUUAGCCCGGUCCAGCUCUCGCUCGGUGUCCCGCAGCAGCACCUCCGCCCGUGCCUUCGCCACUGCGAAGGACAUUAAGCAUGGGGUCAGCGCGCGCGCCGCCAUGCUCGAAGGCUGGGACGUGCUGGCGGAUGCGGUUGCAGCAACGCUGGGACCGAAGGGACGCAACGUUGUCAUUGAGCAGUCUUUUGGGCCACCGAAAGUGACCAAGGAUGGGGUAAGAUUUUUCCGAUUUGCAGAAAAUAGUAUGUCAACCUGCAUUUUUAUGCUCCCGAUAUUGUGCAUAUGUUAAUGUUUGAAUUUUGGUUGAGGCUGAAAAUUUACGCUUUGUUUCUUCAUCUCCAAGAAUUGUGAGUGUUUUUUUCCCGCGUCAGGCGCCUGAUUACAUUAAUAUUUUCAAGUACAACUACUACGCUGUUUCGCUUGCUACCCUUUUUCGUAGGUAACUGUCGCGAAGGCCAUCGAGCUUUCGGACAAGCUGAAGAACGCGGGCGUCAAGUUAGCGAAGGAAGUGGCAUAUGCACUGCAAAUAUGUCUGGAUCUGGAAGGUUUCGAACUUGUGAUGCGCAUUUCAUAACGCACACAAAUCUGUCAUGCAUAGGCAGCAAAGGAUGCCCAUUUCGUGUCACCAAAAUGGGAGACUUCUGAUACGGAUUAGGCAUUGCGGAACCUUCUCGAAACCUGUGACGCUAGGGCUUCCAUGCCAGACUUUCUGGAUCAUGCAAAAACAGCAUGACAAAAAUCUGCACUCUUCCAGACCCAGACGUAUUUGCAUUUGAUAUGGCAAGCAAGACCAACGACAUGGCGGGCGACGGGACGACCACGGCUACGGUGCUCGGGCGGGCCAUUUUCAAGGAGGGCUGCAUAUCCCAGAGAAAAAAGCUGGCAGGUCAUAUUUGUAAUGCAAAAAUAAGCACACGCAUUGCAUAUCCGAAGCAGCAUGCUAUGGGGCCGCCCAUGACAAGUUUUUCUGUGUAUUUUGUUUUGCAUCACAAAAAAUAUGCCCUGCCAGCUUUUUUCUGUGGGAUACUGCAAGGCGGUGGCCGCGGGCAUGAAUCCGAUGGAUCUGAAGCGGGGCAUCGACCGGGCCGUCAAGGCGGUGCUGGACGAAAUUGCGCGCAUGGCGAAACCAAUCGACGGACCCGAAGAAAUUCGGCAGGUACAACUACGGUGGUCAGCGGCCCUGUUGUGCCGACGAGAGUGAUGUGUAGUUUUCUCAACUGAAGAGGAAAUCGCUGCGAUCGGUUUCUGCUAAAUAACCGAUAUUAAGUACAUCAAAUACUUCUUGUGCAUGCUGUAGCUCUUGCGCAAUUUUGAGAGCUCUAGACUAUUUUCGCCGUGGAUCCUUUGUUUCCCAACCGCGUUUUUAUUUUUCCAGGUCGCCACCAUCGCCUCUAAUUCGGACCACGAGAUCGGCGACCUGAUCGCACGGGCGUUCGAAAAGGUUGGGAAGGACGGAACUAUUACGGUAAAAGAGGGAAAAACGCUAAAACACGAACUGGACGUGGUGGACGGGUGCAAGUUUGACCGGGGAUUCAUUUCCCCCUUAUUAAAUGUAAAAAUGUCUGGGUCUGGAAGAAUGCAACUUGUGAUGCUGCGUUUGGAUUCCAAAAAAAUCUGUAUUGCAUGAGUACCAAAGGGAAUGCAAGUUUUGCUACGCUGAGAAGGCAUUUGUCAUGCGGAAUAGGCAUGAAGAAGCGUUCAAAAAAUCUGUAUUGCUAGGGUAUGGAUCACAGACAUCAUGGCUCAUGCAAAACGUGCAUGACAAGUGUCAGAAUCUUCCAGACCCAGACAUUUUUACAGUUGAUACCCCUACUUCAUCACCAACACGAAAACGCAGAAGGUGGAGAUGGAAGAUCCCUUGGUGCUGAUCUACGAGAAAAAAAUCUCCUCCAUCCAGAAUCUGCUCCCGGUGCUUGAAAAGGUAGGAGGAAAUUUUCUGGGCUUUUUUCUAAAGUCAACGUGAAUUUUUGUUCACGCAUCUUCUACUCAAUGCUUUAUUUUUCUGCUUUUUGAUUACUUAGUUUGGCCCGAUGAAAAAUGAAAAAGAAGCAAUUUCUUCAUGCGACGAACCAUCAAUAACUCCGCGUAGUUCAUCCGCCGAAUGUCCAUUCUCGAUAUAAUUCUCCACACCAGGUAGUACAAUCGCGCAAGCCGCUAUUGAUUAUUGCGGAAGACAUAGACGGCGAGGCGCUGUCUACUCUCGUUCUGAACAAGCUUCGGGGCAGCUUUAACGUCUGCGCCGUAAAGGCCCCCGGGUUCGGGGACAACCGAAAAGCGCAGCUGUAUUCUGAGGAAAAACGUUCCCACCUUGGAGUCAAGAUGGAGGGGAUUUCGCAAGACAAAUUAUCAACAGUUUUGGGAGUCACGCAUGACAAGCUUUGGCUCGUCGCAGGGGAAUAAAUAAUCCGAUGUUUAGGUAGUGCGGGCGUAUCAGCAUAAUUGACCAUCCUGUGGUGAGUCUAGCAUGACAGACUCCCAAAUAGCAUUGGAAAGUGCUCCUUGUGGGACUGCGCAUGAGAAACAUUCGAGGCUCGCAGACAGGCAUGAAGAAUGGUGGAGACGUUUUUCCUGAGGAUAAGCUGCAGGACUUGGCCAUCCUGACCGGCGCCAAGCUGGUCAGCGAAGACGCUGGGGAAAAGUUGGAAGACCUUACGCUAGAACACCUCGGAAGCUGCAAGUCCGUUUCCAUCACAAAAGACGACACUACCAUCCUGGACGGUAAGGCUUCUGUUGUAAGUGAUUUCGCCACUUUGUUCGCGCCAAGAACAAAUACUUUUAUUUACUCCGACACUUGAUGUUGAUCACUCUUUUCCAGUUGCUUUUCACUCUGUCAUGACAGGUUUAUUGUGCUCCAGCACGAAAGUCGUUCUCGUUGUGAAUAAAAAAUUGAACAUCUCACCCCCCCACAAGGUAAAGUAACCAAGUCUGAGUUGGACCAGCGGUGCGAGCAGAUACGGGGCGCGAUUGAAGAAACUACCUCGGAGUACGAAAAAGACAAGUUGAAGGAGCGAUUGGCCAAGCUGACGGGCGGCGUCGCGGUGAUCAAGGUUGGUGGGGCUUCGGAGGUCGAAGUCGGCGAAAUCAAGGACAGACUCAACGACGCCCUCUGCGCCACGAAAUGCGCCGUGGAGGAAGGUAAAAUCGACAUUUCGUUUGCUGUUGUCUACUUCUUCCUUUGUUAUGGUUUACUUCUCAAAAUCAAAUUUGAAUUUAUGUCUUGGGAAGUAAUGGCAUACAAUUAGAAAAUGAUUUCUCCGCAGGCAUUGUUCCCGGUGGCGGCGCCGCGCUCCUGUACGCGUCCCGCGUGUUGGUGGCCCUGGAGAAGGAAAUCGAAAAUUUUGACCAAAACCACGGGGUCGGUCUGGUGCGCCGGGCGCUGCAGCAGCCCUGCAAUACGAUCGUGAAAAACGCGGGCAAAGAGGGCGCCGUCGUUGUGGAAAAACUCCUGGGGCAGGAGAACGAAAAGCUUGGGUAAAUAAGUGUUUACUUGCAGAAGAGAAGAUCUUCUGGAACAAGAUCACGCUUUUUGAUUCAUCUUCUAACUAUGCAGUAAAUAGUAACCUAGAAUAAAGUCUGUCACCGAGGCAAGGAUGCGAUCGCUUUUACCAAGCACCUUCUCUCUCUCUGCAUGCAGGCGCGACACACGCUUUUUUGUGAAUGCAAUUUGAUAAAAAUAUCACAUUCAAAGGUACAACGCCCAGACAGAGGAGUAUGUGGACAUGUUGAAGUCGGGCAUCAUUGACGCGGCAAAAGUAACAAAGACGGCGUUGGUUGACGCAGCGAGCGUGGCGUCACUCCUGACCACGAGCGAGGUUAUCAUCACAGACCUUCCGGAUAAGAAAGAGGAUGCCGGAAUGGCCGGCGGCAUGGGCGGCGGUAUGGGAGGAAUGGGCAUGGGAAUGUGAAGAUCCAUCAUCUCCGCUUAAGAGGCGUCUGCAGCGAUAGAUCUUGGCAGAGUGGAUGAACAACAGGGAAAAAAAUUACUUGUGUUUGGCAACACAUACUAACACAGCGGGAUCAUUUUUGCCUCUGCAUUUUUAGGCGACAUCAUAUUGAUCUUUCUUCUUUGGUGAAAAUGCUGAAUCAAAAGCAAAACUUGACUAUGAAGAAGUGCCCACAUAUAGAGAUCACGCAUGGCAUAUCGUAGCUGACGUCUUUCUUUUUCCCUUGGACGUCAGCAUCGCGAAAGACGUUCUUGCCCCUUUUCAUCUUAAACGAGCCGUCACGUACUGUGUAAAUGAAUUUGGUACACUGUAGGCAUAGGGAUCAAAUGACCCAAAUCACAGUUGAUCCACCGCCAAGAUCCAAGCAAAUCAGCAUGAAUCCAUGAAAUCGAUCAAGAGAGAGAUGAUAGAAAUGACCGGCACAGCUAUGACGAUUGUGCCCGGCUUAGCCUGAUUGCUGAACCUUUGAACUUUGUACCCCAAUGAACUCAGUGACGUGGAUACUAGUAGGCGGAUCAACCUAAGUAAGUUUUUUGCAUUCUGAGCGUUCUUACAAUCUUGAGCCAAAGAGCUAGCUAGGUUUUACACCUCUGCACAUUUAUCCUUACUCGAGUAGUUUCUGUGUUUGCGCAUAACUUCCACACACAACACAAAAUGGCCAAAGCAGAUGGGAAAUGGAAAAUCCCGACCCUUAAGACUCAGUCUGACUGGUCUAAGUGGUCCUUCGAUCUCGAGAUGAUCCUGGAGUCGAAGCCUGAUUGGGAUGGUUACCAGGGUGGUGCUACCUCCACUACUAGCCUGACCUUCAAGGACUUCUUCGACGGGUAUCGCUCGAACGAUCCGGCCUUCGCCAUUAAUCAGAUCAACCAGCAUGGUGAUUACCACGAAGCGCGAGGGCGUAAGCUUUCCGCUGCCAUUGUCGCCUCGUUGGAUGGUGAAGCUCACGAGUGUGUUCGUGAGUUGACCGGUGCGGAUGCGCGUCAUCUGUUCGCGAUCCUUGACGCUCUGUACAAGAAAUACGCUUCGCAGCGUACUUCCUCCCGCUUGUACUGGUUAGAGCAACUGCUGUCGCAAAAGCAGAAGCCGGGAGAGGGCGUUGGAUCUUUCAUCGCUAAGAAAACCAAGGCUAUUCGUGAGCAAUUGGAAUCGAGAAUCACUAUUGACGAGCUGACUAUCGGAGCCAUUCUGAUGGGUGUGCUGCCCUCCUUCGCUCCGGUUACUUCCUCCAUCUUGGCUAACGUCAAGCAGUCCACCGAUGUUCAGUCGCUGAUCGAUGUCCUUCGGGAGUACGAGCGUGCUGCGGGGAAUGGAAAGAAGGAAGAGCCUAUUGCGAAUGCUGCCCAGGCUCAGCAGAUUAAAUCCCUGCAGAGCCAGGUCAAGGCGUUGAAGGUGGAGGUCAAAAAGAAAGGCGGCAAGCCUACCCCCGUCCGUUGCUCGCACUGCCGUCGCCCUGGUCAUCCGGUUGAAAAGUGUUGGGUCAAGCACCCGCACUUGCGCCCGGCUUCCAAAGGUAGCGGAAAGGUGAAUAACAAGAAGAAUAAGAAGAAGCAGGAAGAAGGUGAUGAUGACGGUGAGGAGACUCACUUCGUUGGCGUCGGAUCCUCCAAAGACUUCGGCUGGGGAAAGAAUGACGACGAUGAUAUGUCUUCUUCCGAGUCCGCUGAUGUCUGUGAGCCUGUUAAGGAAAACACUACUGGCAGCAACACUGAUGAAAGUAUGAAUGUGAACAAGAAGGAAGAGAGUGGAUUUUUGAAAAGUCCCACAGGUUGGGCGUGUUUCUACUUGUUUUUCCUUUGUGUGUUCGCUGUCUGUCAGCCCGUAGUAGCUGUUGACCCAUUCUGGGAACUCGCGUUCACCAGUUUGAGAAUUGUCAAUGAUCUGACGGUGACGAACGUGCCCGGGUUAGCGGGUUACGUGGUUCAGCCUUUGACAAAUUUGACAGCUUUGAACGGUCUCGACUUCGUGACGAUUGUGCCCGCAGCAGUGUGUUUCACGUUUCUGGCUUUGCUGGUCGCGUGGUCUCUGUGGGGGCGUGGUGAUGUCACGCAGCCCGUAAUGUGUUGUAGACCUAGAGAUACUGACGUCGAGUUCAGGGCGAAAACCUUGAGGAUUCCGCUUCGGGUUUCUGGUCGUAGGUUUUCCCGUAAUGUGCUGGCCUGGCGUAGGCGGAAACGCUCGCCCCGGGUUGGUCAUUGUUUCCUUGAUUCGUCUUGUCCGCGUGUUGCUGCCGGCCUGGCCGCGCACACGACGUUCAAGCGAAGUCAAGUUUGUGGAGCUGAAGCCCCUAGUGGUGCAGGCGUCCACAUGGUCAAUAAGGUGAUGGGCAGGAAGUCACAUAAGAAGCUGCAGAAGCUGCGGCUGAUUGUGGACAGUGGCGCAAGUCAUAACAUGUUCCCAGAUCCUGACUUGUUUGAAAGUUUCACGGGCGAAGCGGUCACCCUGAACACUGCUGACGGACCGUGCAAGGAAGUGGCCCAGUAUGGAGUUCUUAAAAGCCUAACAGCCUCGGAAUUCGCACUGGGCUCUAUCAUCCUUCUCUGACUGUGUGUUUGCUGUCCGUGGAGACUUUCGCCCAGGAGGAGAAUGGGAGCUACUACCAUGCGAAGGAUGAGAGAUGGUUGAAAGAUUUCAGCGGGUACAAGCAUAGGGUCAAUAUUGUGAAGCGGCUGCCUUGUGUCGGGUUUUACCUGAUGGAUGGCGAUGCUAUCGCAAAUUUGGUUUCCAAUACGAAUUUCGGCUGUUCUGCGCUGCGAUUACAUUUCGGAGCUCAGGGGAUCAAGGUGCAUUGUCCUGAGUGCGCGCUCAGCAAGAGUUACGGGAGCCACUCGCACCGGAAGAAGCGACCUGUCGCGUACCUCCAUGAAAAUUGGAUGGAUCAGGUCGAGACGGACUCCUUCUCCGGCGGGCUACCGCCUAGCAUGGAUGGGAGUACGAUCUGCAUCACCAUCCGAGACAGUUAUACUGAUUGGCUGGAGCCUUUCGGCAUCAAGUCCCAGGAUGAGUGUGGUGAAGCGUUGAAGAAGUUUUGCACUCAAGUAGGCAAGCCAAAAGCCUCGCGCUGCGACAAUGAGCCAGUCCUGAAAGGGGUGAAUGGUCCUUGGAGGGCAGCUUGCAGGGAGCUCGGUAUUGUUGCUGGCCACAGCAUCAUCCGGGAGCCGCAAACCAACGGGAACGCUGAGCGGUGGCAUAGGGCUCUUGGGGAUGGUCUUCGGGCUAACCUUCAAGGGGUAGAUCCUCGGCUUUGGGAUUGGUGUGCGCGCUACGUCGCUCACAUCAAGAACAGGCUGCAGCGCAAGACCAAUGCCCUAGCUCCUUACUACAAGAGGCUUCAGCGGGCCGCUGAAUGCAAUUACUUCAGGCGUUUCGGAUGCGUGGCCUACGUGAAAACGCAUGUCCACGACGAUCCGCAGAAGGUUCCAAAACUGGCGGACAGGUAUGAGAAAGGUGUUUUUCUCGGCUAUAGUCGUGCAAGCUCCUCGUAUCUGGUCGGUGUCUUUCACAAGAAUGACAAUUGCCGGGAUGGGCAGAGAUUUUGUGUGAUCGAGUCAAAAUCCGUAAAGUUCGAUGAGGAUACUCUCGCGCCGGAUGUGACAACGCUGCGCAAGUCGUUAGAAGGGUCGCCAGAGUUCCGACCUCCUGCUGAUCUUGACCCAGCCGAGGCAGUUGGGAGGCGCCUAGCCCUUCGAUCUGCGUUGGAUGGAGUCGUAGAGAGGCUAGAGGGAGUUUCUGUGGGGGCUUCGAAAGACGACGAGCCAGCGCCAAAGCGUCGGAAGCUGGACAAAGCCGCUGACGAUGCUAAGCAGCAACAAGAGCUGCUACCACCGGAGACGGCUGGCGAUGGUUCGCCAAAAUCUCCUGGUCAAAAGGACCUGCCUGAUCAGCAGGGCGCCGGAGAUGGCCCAAAAGACCAACAAGCGGAACAACCCGCAGGACCUUCAGGAAAAGGCCCCGACUGCACUGAUCUUAUCGAUGACGAGCUCAACCCAUUCAAAUGGCGUCAGAAGGGUGGAGUUCUCAUAAAGGUGAGAAACAGGCGCGGGCGCCCGAAAGGUCUUACUCGCGACAAGUGUCCAUAUUGGCGAAAGCCUGGACGGAAAUCCAAGCAGGACAAAACCGCUUCGGAUAUUGUUAGGCCCAUUGGGGACCCGUCUAAGGAUGAAAAUCCGGAAGCGGCUGCAGCUGGAAAUGGUGCGGGGGCAAUUCUCGAUUGGGAUUUGGCUCAGUCCUUUUAUUCAGUUUCAGAAAAGUCCAGAACCAAAGACGGCGACGCAGUUUGUUGGACAAUACAAGUUACAAGGAAAGAGGCACUUGAGGGGCCAGAUGCCGCCAAGUGGUUGGAAGCUGAUACGCUAGAGCGUACGCAGCUGGAAGCGCUUAAGUGCUGGCGACCGCUUGAAGAUGGUGAGUUCACUGACCAGGAUGAGGUAGCUCCUUCGGUGGUGAUAUACACUCGUAAGAGGUGCGGAAAGUACAGAGCUCGCUUGGUUGCGCUUGGUAACAGGCAAACCAAAGUGAUGAAAGCUGAGAUCUUUUCUCCCACUGUCUCACACGCUGCUACUCGUUCCUUGCUUGUAGAUGCUGCGGCAUCGGGGAAAUUUGUUGAGGGCUUUGAUAUUUCAAACGCUUUCAUCAGAUCGACCCUUGAGGAUUCUGAUCGAGUUUUCGUCAGACUUCCACAGCACUGGAGUGCUGACCCACGCGGGGACCGUGUUAGAUUGUUAAAAUCUCUCUACGGCCUGCGGUGUGCACCUCGAAAGUGGUAUGACUGCUAUUCGAAAUACUUGCUGAGUGAUGGCUGGAAGCGAUCACCGCAAGAACCUGGUCUGUUCAAGAAGGGCAAGCUCACCUUGGCGAUCUAUGUCGAUGAUAGUUUUAUCACUGGCCCAGAUCAACAAGAGUGCGCAGCUGCUUGCAGGCGAAUUCUUGACAGAUUCAGCGGCAGGAUGAUUCUUCCGAUCGUUCGCGGUCCAAUUCAUGAACGGGACAUCUUGGGUGUGCGUAUGCUUUACAAUCGCGAAGCGCGAUGCCUCACUUUGGAUUUAGAGGAAGCUAUUGUGAAACUUGCCAAGAAGUUUGACAUACAGGAAGGUAGACCGCUCGCAACUCCUUGCGUGUAUACUGACCUUGAGGAAGGGAAGCUCAUGCCUGAGUAUCCUCUUCGCAAGUUGAUCGGCGGGCUUCAAUACAUCGGAACGAUGUGCCGCCCUGAUGUGGUUUUCGCCAUAAAUCGGGUUGCGAGGGCUCAAAACAAACCAACGGCGUCCGUUAUUACGGCAGCCAAGAGGAUUGCCCGUUAUCUCUUGCAGACCAAGGGCCAAGGGUUGUGCUACACGCCUCAGCGUGAAGCUGAGUUUCGGGAAACUUAUCGCAAAGUCCUUGAAGCGCAGGGCUCCAAGAAGUCUUUGCCGGACCUUGUUGCGUUUUCUGAUGCUGAUUUCGCUGGUUGCUCCGUGACCUUGCGAAGUAGUAGUGGUUCUAUCCUGCACUUUCGUGGUAUGCCUAUUUGUUGGUCUUCCAAGCGUCAAACCUUGAGGGCCUACAGCACCUGUGAAAGUGAGUAUAUAGCUUUGCUUGAUACGCUGAAACUAACGCAGGGCCCGGGUUUCCUUGAGUGGCUUGAUGAAAGUCAAGAACUGCCUGGGAUUCUGUUUACUGACAACAAGUCCGCGAUAGAAGUAGCGACAUCCAGUUUGCCUACGAAGAAGACUAAGCACUUUCUUCUGCGAUGGCAUGAGGUAAAAGAGCAUAUGGAAAACAUCGCACACGUUCCAACGGACAGGAACAAAGCUGAUCCGCUGACUAAGCCGAUGGCAAGUCCUCUUCUGUGCUUUUUCGCACUAUCUCGCGAACCCUUACCGGAGAAAAAGGAUGGAAUCGCUGCACUGUAUUCGGCUGCUGUGUUAGCUUGAUCCUUCUCCUGCGAGAAUUGAGGGCAUCCCGGACUGCGGAAUGGGAUAUAGGGUGCUCGGAGUGUUUUCCUCCCACGUAGAUUGCGAGUUGUUUCCCGCUUUCUAGGAGCUAGCAGAGUAGCUUCGGGGGUUUUUGUGCUUCAGAGGUCCUUGGGCGUAGCCAUUGCGCUAGGUUCCUUAAGUUGAGGUUGCUUAGAGGGUAAGCAUUCGCAACGCUCUGCCUAUUCUUUGGGGUGUGGUCUUGGUUGGCUAAAUGGUUCAAGUGUGAGUUUGGUAGUGACCCAGUCUACUUUGUCUUCUGCGUCUAUCCGUGGGCCAGAUUCCACAUUCUUCACUUGUGGGGGAAUGUAGGGGCACACUGGUUAGCCGUGUGGGGGAAUGUAGGCAUAGGGAUCAAAUGACCCAAAUCACAGCUGAUCCACCGCCAAGAUCCAAGCAAAUCAGCAUGAAUCCAUGAAAUCGAUCAAGAGAGAGAUGAUAGAAAUGACCGGCACAGCUAUGACGAUUGUGCCCGGCUUAGCCUGAUUGCUGAACCUUUGAACUUUGUACCCCAAUGAACUCAGUGACGUGGAUACUAGUAGGCGGAUCAACCUAAGUAGGUUAUUUGCAUUCUGAGUGUUCUUACAUACACGGUCUCUCUUCUUUUAUUCUUACAUCGACAUCAAGCGCGACAGGCAAAUUGCAGUCAAGUGUCUGGCCCAGAAACCGUUCUUCUUUCGAAAAAUCAUAGCAAAUUGCGACUUGAGAAUCGCAGCUCUUCUUCUGGGAAUAAUGUUACUAUGCGAUGAAUACGAAAACGUAAACGAAUCAGUAGUGGUGAAUUGAGUGGCCGAGGAUA